GAGUAGCUGCUGAAUCAGAUUCUGAGAUCUGCAACAUUAACAAAUUUAUCUUUUAUGCAUUAACUUUUAUGCUAGAUCCCGCUGUUUGGAUGCCGAGAAAAUAUAGGAAAAGGAGAAAAUUUAUCGAGCAUUCACUUCCCCUAUGUUGGCUCGAGAAUGCCCUAAUUCUCUUCCUACCAAUUCCAAUUCUCCCGUGUCUAACAAAUUCAUGGAAUUUUCUAGAAGUCCAAAUGUUUGCCCCCAAAAUAAUCAGACACGGGAAUCCUCCCCUUUUCCUUCAUUCAUCUCUGAAUACCUUAAAUUCCUAAAAUUCCAAUACCUAAAGCGAAGCUAACAAAAAUUCGAAGACAAACAAUCAAAAUCAGAAGUAGCGAAAGAUAAAAAAGCAAUUGAGAAACCCUAAUUAAUUCAAGAAAAUCAAGAACGAAGGCAGCAGAACCCAGAUCUGGGUUCUGCUGGAGAACCCAGCUCGGGUUCAACAAACCCAUAUUCUUCAGUCGUUGUUGCCCCAAACGAAACCCUUCCUUUCUCCUCAAAAACCGGAUAUGCAGAAUACUAGGAGGAAGAAAACUCGAGGUUGUGAUGGUGCUGAAAUCGGCAAGAAGAUGGUGCAGAUCAGAGAAUGGAAACAAGGUGGAGAUUUGCAGAAAGAGGAAGAAUCGAGAGAGAAGGAGAAAUGGUUAGUGUGAGGAAGAUGACUUUUUAAGGUUAAAUUUGUAAUUUUAUCCCUAUAUUUUUUGGUUUUGUUUUGGUUAUGUGGGGGGUGCACACCCGGGUGUGGGAUCCGAGUGUGCCCCAAUCAGUGUCCUAUUAAUAAUGUUGAUUUUUUAUG